CACUCACAUCCUACAUAGCCCAAAUUUUUGUGAGAUUAUCUACUUAUCUAGUACCACGUUCCUUGUCCUUUACGGUUGCUACGCAUGUCUCCACUUGAGUCUUACAAGACACAGCUCCUCGAGCAAGCAGCUCAAGUCGGCGCUCUUAAAUUUGGUAACUUUACACUCAAGUCUGGCCGUAAAUCUCCUUACUUCUUCAAUGCGGGUCUCAUGUCCGACGGCACCAUCUUACAUACCGUUGCACAAGCUUACGCCGCCACCCUCUGCGCUUCACCCUCCCCUGGUGACCCCAAUGCGAACCCCUUCACUGACUUCGACAUCCUCUUCGGGCCAGCUUACAAAGGCAUUUCAUUCGCUGCUUGCACAGCGCUCGUUCUUGCAUCCAUACACGGCCGCGACGUCAAGUUCGCAUACGAUCGGAAAGAGGCAAAAGACCAUGGCGAGGGCGGCAAUAUCGUCGGAUGGCCCUCAGGUGGCAAGGAGAAAUGGCGUGUAGUGGUCGUCGAUGACGUCAUGACCACUGGCCUCGCAGCCAGCACUGCGAUAAACCAUGUCGUUCGGCAGGGCGGAGAGGUGGUUGGUGUCGUACAACUUCUCGAUCGGGAGGAGUUUUCCGAGAUAGACGACCAGGGACGCAAGGUCAGUUCAGUCAUGAAGCUCGAAAGAUUGCUAGGAGGCAAGGGGAAGGUGCGAAGUGUAUUGAAGAUGCGGGAUCUAGUAAAGUGGUUAGAGGAAAAGGAAGCGCGAGGGGAGUCCAGCGAGGAAGAGAUGAUGAGUUUGCAGGCGCUGAGGGAGUACAGGGACACUUAUGGUAUAACAUCGUUCUAAGGACGCGGCAUCUCUUCGCGUGGGUUCAAUGUGGGUAUGUACUUGUAACUAAAAGCAAAAUCCAUGAUGACUACAAGAAA